AUGGACGACGACCUUACCUCCCUGGAACUCCUCUCCCUAAUUUCGCGCAUAACUUCCGAACUACAAAACCACCUCGGCAUCGCCGACAAGACACUCGCCGAGUUCGUCAUAGACCAACACACGCAAUGCGCGUCGCUGGCCGAGUUCAGGGCCGCGCUUGAGGCGCUCGGCGCGGAUUUCCCACCCAGUUUGGUCGAGAGUGUUGAUCGCCUUGUGCGGGGGAUGCAUCCGGCGUAUCGGGGGAAGGGGAAGGGGGAGAACGGGGGAGGGGGAAAGGGAGGAAGGGAGGAGGAGGAGGGAGAUAGGAGGGAGAGAGUUUUUAGGGGGUUGGCUAUUCCGGAUAGGGAACCGAGUUUCCAGGACGGGGAUGCGGAUGCGGAUGCGGACGACACCUUUGCGGCGCUGGAGGGGCUGGCGCCGAGGAAGGCUGGGAAUGGAACUACAGAGGCAGACGCGAAGAAGGAUGCGCUAGACGACACGUUUGCGAUGCUCGAGGGCUUGGCUGGUAAGUCGGGCGCGCAGCCGACGCGGAAACGGAGUAUCAGCCCUGCUGAGAACGGGGAGAGGGAACGGAGGAGUAGGAAGAGGAAUAAGUACCGCUCGAGGUCGAGAUCGCGCAGUCGGGAGAGGCGGACGAAGAACGACGAAUAUGUGUUCGAGGAUGAGUUUGGCCGCAUGAGGACUGCACCGAGGGAGCCGAACGGACACAGCGAACGGAAAAGUAGGAGGAGAAGGAAGAGCAUGGACGAGGAUGAGCAAUUUCGCAGACCGCCGACGCCGGAAAUAGAUGACGAGCCGGUCUUGCACAAGGUCUACAGAGGACGGGUCACGGGCGUCAAAGACUUCGGCGUCUUUGUCAACCUUCAGGGCGUCAAGGGGAGAGUCGAUGGGCUGGUCCAUGUCUCAGCGAUGCAGGAGGGCGCCAGAGUCAACCAUCCGUCGGAUCUGGUCUCGCGAAAUCAAGAGGUCUGGGUCAAGGUCAUGAAGAUGGAGAACAACAGGGUCAGCUUGAGCAUGAAGGAAGUGGAUCAGUCUACUGGGCAAGAUCAGAAGCCGGAGAGGCGACUCGCUUCCGGGGCAAACAUGAUGGGCCUAGGGGACACCUCGAACGGUGACGGCCGCUACGGCAACCUCACCUCAGAUGUUCCUGUGAUCGAGGGCAACAUGAACGGCAAGAGCAAUCGGAAUCGAAAGAGGAUGACUAGUCCAGAGCGGUGGGAGAUCAAGCAGCUAAUCGCUUCCGGCGCGAUAUCCGCUCAGGACUACCCGGACAUUGACGAGGACUACAACGCUGCAAUGAACGGUGGAGAGAUUGAGGAAGAGGAGGAUGUAGACAUUGAGGUGAGAGAGGAAGAACCACCCUUCUUAGCUGGACAGACAAAGCAGUCUCUAGAACUGUCGCCCAUACGAGUGAUCAAGGCGCCAGAUGGUUCACUCAACAGAGCAGCGAUAGCUGGAGACUCCCUUGCAAGAGAACGACGAGAUCUACGGCAGCAAGAAGCACAAGACAAGGCCGCGCAGGAAGCGAGCCGAGUCGAUCUUCAGUCACAAUGGCAGGAUCCUAUGGUUGCGCCAGAUCAGCGCAAGUUUGCAAGCGAUUUGCGUCAGGCACGUCCGAAUCAGAACAGCGAAGCGGUACCUGAGUGGAAGCGGAUUACCCAAGGCAGGGAACAAACUGGCAAAAGGACAGACAUGUCCAUCAAGGAGCAGCGAGAAUCUCUACCGAUAUUCAAGUUGCGGAAACAGCUGAUCGACGCAGUGCAUGCUAACCAGCUCUUGAUCGUCGUCGGAGACACUGGCUCAGGCAAGACCACGCAGUUAACGCAAUACCUCGCUGAGGCCGGUUUUGCGAACGAAGGCAUGAUCGGCUGCACACAGCCCCGUCGUGUCGCCGCCAUGUCUGUGGCCCAGCGUGUAGCAGAGGAAGUUGGUUGCAAACUAGGCCAUGAGGUCGGCUAUACGAUACGCUUCGAGGACUGCACCAACGCCGACACCAAGAUCAAGUAUAUGACGGACGGCAUCAUGCAGAGGGAGAUCCUACUAGAUCCGCUACUCGGCAAGUACUCCGUCAUCAUGUUGGAUGAAGCGCACGAGCGUACAAUCGCAACGGACGUACUGUUCGGACUCCUCAAGAAGGCGUUAAAGAGGAGGCCGGAUCUGAAGGUCAUCGUUACCUCUGCCACGCUCGACGCGGAGAAGUUCUCCGAGUAUUUCUACAACUGCCCCAUCUUCACCAUCCCCGGCCGCACUUAUCCAGUCGAGAUUAUGUACUCGCGAGAACCAGAGUCCGAUUACUUGGAUGCUGCAUUGGUUACCGUGAUGCAGAUUCACCUGACGGAACCGCCAGGGGAUAUCUUGCUUUUCUUGACUGGCAAAGAAGAGAUCGAUACAAGUUGCGAGAUCCUAUACGAACGCAUGAAGGCUUUAGGUCCCAGUGUCCCAGAGCUUCUCAUCUUGCCUAUCUACGGUGCGCUGCCAAGCGAGGUUGCAAGCCGCAUCUUCGAGCCGGCACCACCCGGCAGCAGGAAGGUAGUCAUUGCAACCAAUAUUGCAGAGACAUCCAUCACCAUUGACGGCAUCUAUUACGUUGUUGACCCCGGUUUCGUCAAGCAGACUGCUUAUGAUGCCAAGUUGGGAAUGGACAGACUCCAAGUCACACCCAUCUCGCAAGCACAGGCCAAGCAGCGAGCCGGCAGAGCCGGCAGAACCGGGCCCGGAAAGUGCUUCAGGCUAUAUACCGAAGCCGCAUUCCAAUCUGAGAUGCUCCCUACCACAAUCCCCGAGAUCCAGCGCCAGAACCUCUCCAACACGAUCCUGAUGCUCAAAGCAAUGGGCAUCAACGACCUGCUUCACUUCGACUUCAUGGACCCACCCCCCACCAACACCAUGCUGACAGCCCUCGAAGAACUCUACGCGCUCUCCGCGCUCGACGACGAAGGCCUCCUCACGCGCCUCGGCCGCCAAAUGGCCGACUUCCCCAUGGAGCCGGCCCUCGCAAAAACGCUGAUCGUGUCCGCGAGCAUGUCCUGCUCCGACGAGCUGCUGAGCAUCGUCGCCAUGAUCUCCGCCGUACAGAGCGUCUUCCACCGGCCGAAGGACAAGCAGCAGCAAGCCGAUCAGAAGAAAGCCAAGUUCCACGACCCGGCGGGCGACCACCUGACGCUGCUGAACGUGUACAACGGCUGGAAGCAGAGCAAGUUCAGCGUGCCAUGGUGCUACGAGAACUUCAUCCAGCCGCGCAAUAUGAAGCGCGCGCAGGACGUGCGGACCCAACUCCUGACGAUUCUCGAGCGCCAUCGGCUCAAGGUCGUCAGCUGUGGCCGCGACACAACCCGCGUGCGACAGGCGCUCUGCGCAGGUUUCUUCCGCAACGCCGCGCGCAAGGAUCCACAGGAAGGCUACAAAACCCUUGUCGAAGGCACGCCCGUCUACAUGCACCCCUCCUCGGCGCUGUUCGGGAAGCCGGCCGAGCAUGUGAUUUAUCAUAGCUUGGUCGAGACGACGAAGGAGUAUAUGCAUAAUGUCACAGCUAUCGAGCCUAAGUGGCUGGUCGAGGCUGCACCGACGUUCUUUAAGGUCGCGGGGAGGGAUGGGUUGAGUAAGAGGAAGAAGGCGGAGAGGAUUCAGCCGCUGCACAAUCGGUUUGCGGGCGAGGAUGACUGGAGGUUGAGUGCGCAGAGGAGGCAGGGGAGGGGAGGGGGUGGAACUUGGGGGUAG